AGUGGACGUUUUCACACACUGGGCCAAAACGUUCACAUCUACUCGCUUGUUUAUGUUUAUCGACAAGUUUUGGCGUUAUUGAGCGUCAGUUCAUGGAGUAGAGGCGCACGUCUGGAGAAUUCCCGUUCUGGUUAUCCUUUAUAGGCUAAACUGGGAGGAAUGACGGUAUUUGGGGUCCUCGCCGUUUUAAUCGCAGCAGUUGUAGUACAGGGAAAGAAGGAGAAGCAACUGCACACCAAAGAUGUUCCCAUUUGUGGAGAAGGCUACAAGGGUCUUUUGAAUCACCAAUUCAACAGAGAUGAUAGUGAUGCUCUGAUAACUACAGCGGCGUUUUUGUCUAAAAAUGCACUAAACUUGUUCACCGGAAAUAUAAGCUAUAUGAAAAUCGAUCUUGCACUAUCGAUAUUACCACUAGAAACUCUAAACAAUAAAUGUUUCUCCAUAAGAAAUGAGGAUGCUCUCCCAAAUAUCCUAUGUGCGGGGGGACUGCUGGAAAGAAACGAAUGGAUUAACGCCAUAGAAUCGAGCAUGCUAUGUGCAUCCACUGGAGUAAAAUCUAGACUUCCAUUGAUUCCAGGGGAAGAAAUUCUUGAAGAAGUCGAGGAAGAUUCACCAAAGGGGAUAAACCUAUUCAUUCAUGACGGUCCAAACGGUCGACCCGAGAUUUACAUCAAUGGCAAGACUACAACGCAGCUCGAAAAGGAGAGAGAAGAACUGGCAAUGGCGGACUCCUCCGUUGAACCUAUAGCAGACAUGAGUCACUUGUUUCAUAAUCUUCAAGCCGAAGAUGGACCUGUUACUCCAGCUCCACUAGAUCAAGAGGCAAUGGAUGAGGCUAAAGUUGAAGCUGGUCUCGUAAGUCCAAACAUACCAGAAAAGGGAUACUUUCAUCUUCACCAUCACGAGAUUUAA